AUGCGUUUGCAGCUUACUCGUCUACCCGGCGGAAAAGUCAGAGGUAAACCUAAAGAUGGAAGUAAGGAUCAUAAGAAUGCCACACGUCUAUUUAGACACCAAUCUUCUUAUGCAAAAAUGAAAAAAUGGCCCCUAGAAGGUGAAUGUCCAAGAGUGAGAGUCAUUGUUGAAAACUCAGGUUUGUAUGUUGUCGUUCAAAACUCUGUGAUUGUAUAUGACAAGGAUGCAGUAUCAUGUUUGACUGAGAGGUUUUACGGCGAAGUCGAUGCAUUCCAAUUCCCUUUUGGAGAGAUGGCAUUGAUUCCCGAAGACGCAGAACAGAUUCUAGGAUUGCAGGUUGAGGGUAAAUCGACAGAAGACAAGUUCAAGAAGAACCUAGAUUGGAAGAAAAUUUAUGAAUUGACGGAGAAGUUGUUUGGAUGGGAUGAAAAGAAGACGUAUGGCCUCUUUGUGAUGGGAAAGAAGUACCCAAAGAAAGAGUUUAAACUUAUUAAGAUUAGAAAGAUGUAUGCGGGGUCACUUGAGAAAGAUGGAGACAAUGAACUACUCUCUGAUUUUGAAAUUCGUGCGACAACAGCCGCAUACUUGUUGUAUGUCCUUGCUUCGGUUAUAUUUCUCGAUAGCAAAGGAAACAGAGUCAGCGUCAACCUUCUUCAACUUUUGGAUACCUUGGAGGAGGUGAGUAGGUAUUCGUGGGGGACUGCCACAUUAGCACAUUUGAACGCUCAGCUAGCAAAGGCAUCCCGGGAAAGAACUUCUCAAAUGAACGGGAACUUGGCUUUACUUCAGGUGUGGAUUUACGAGCAUUUCCCCUCAUUGAUCAAAAGCGAUGAAGACAUCCAAUUGCAACCAACAUGGAACAAUACUAAACCAAAAGAAACCCGAUACAAGUACACUGGACCUCAGGAUAAGGAGGAAGCGCAGAAGUUGAAGGUGUUAUCCAUGCGCCGAAAAUUGGACAACAUGACAGUCAAAGAGUCAAUGUACAAUCCGCAUAGAGUAAUGCGUCAGCUUGGGUAUAUUCAAGAUUCACCCGAUGAGGAUUAUGUACCACCCUUCAAAUAUAAAUUAAGGAAAUGCAAGGCGGAAAAAAAGGCGUUGGUUGUUGCUUAUGAUCCUGAGCCUAAGACUGAGCAUUGGAAUAAUAGGCAUUUGGGUACUAGUAGGGUAGAAAUCUCUUGGUGGGAGAAUGUUAAUGAAGGUCAUGAGGUAACCGAUGAUUACAUGCCAUGGUAUGAAGGCUUCUCCCACGGUCGAGUCAUUAGGAUUGAUCAGACUACGGGUAGGAGGAGCAACAAAGCAUCUUCCGCUGCUUCUACAGCCGACACUAGAGAUGACUCUUCCAUUUUUAAGCUUGUGAGGGAACGAAUGAAGAUUUUUAUGAAGUCGUUUUGCUGCAAAGCCGACAAAGGAGAAGUCAUAGAACCUGAGCCAAGUCGCAUGUAUGCUGAGUACUGCCAACACAUUGAAAAUCCACAAGCAAAGAAAAUGUUCGCUGAUCUGGAAAAGCAAUGUAAGAGGACAAGGAGAACAACUAGCCAACUAACACAAGAACUUGCUCAAAAUGGAGAUGUUGAUGAUCAAGGUAGUGGAGAAGAUGGUGGUUCUCAAAGGGGCAGUCCUGGACAAGGUUAUUCAAAGAAAAGUCGGACAUCAUCAACUCAGGGAAGUCAGAGAGGUCGAGGCGGAGGUCGAGGUCAAGGUGGUAGUAGUGAGUGA